AUGGUUAUUUCAUCCGCAGACCUACAAAACAGCUACUGUCAGCUGACAAUGAGAGCACGAACAGAAAUGACCCUACAAGGAGGAUUCCUGCUUGGUCGUGGAUACACUCCGGAACGAUCUGACUAUCCGGACAGUCGUUAUACCUACUUCCAGGAAUCUGCACCAGUGGCUGUGCACGUGAAUAGAAUGAGGAGUCCGGGCAGCGUCAAUGCGAUAAAAUUCGUUGGAGAGGACAAUGUGUUCUAUCGUCCAAAAUUGCUGCAAAAACGCUACAACUGUUCUUAUGAGUAUAUUUUUGAGUCAUUCUAUUGCUCUCAGAAAGGAUAUUUCUAUUACCAGAUUGAGGGUAUCUCUUUCCAAGGAUACGCUUUUAGAAGAAUCCAAGCCUUCAACUGCAUAGUGAAUACCAAUCCUACAUCUGCUCCUACGACAACACCUGUGCCAACACAACCGAGCACAUGUCAAAAUGGUGGUGUUUUGGUGAAAGGACUUGACGGAACCACGUAUUGCUAUUGUAUCGGAUUGUUUUCUGGAGCAAACUGCGAACAGAGGCUUUGUGCGAACGGAGGUAAACAUUUAACGGAUAAAAUCUUGGGCACAGUAACUUCUGACAACACCUGUCGAUGCCCUGGUGGUUAUGAAGGAUCGCACUGUGAGAAUGUAAUUUGUAACGACAACACCGGUUUGGAGUUCAAUGCCAACGAGCCGACACUUACAUUCGUUAUUCGUUCACGACAACAACUCAGUGAUGUGAUAGGGCAGGCAACCGCAGCGAUCUCGCAGUUGGUCACUGAUCUCAGUUUUGACCCGACAUACAUCAAAGCAUAUGUUCUGGUGCUCUUUAACAAUGGAAAUAUGCUCCUCUCACGUACCUAUGCAUCAUUUGGCGAAAUGGAGAUUGACCUGCUUAAGGCUGAACAUACUAGCGACACUAAUGGAAGCUGUACGGAUGCUGUAUUCGCUAACACAGCAGCUGCAUUACAACGAUACCUCACCUACAAGUCUCCUGUAUACAUUCUAACUGAUGCACUUCCGAAUGAUGACGACUCUCUGGAAUCAGUCUUCCAUUUAGACUCGUACUGGCGUGUGCCUCUUAACUUCAUCUACCUGGAACCGUCACCACAAUCUGGUUGUGCCACAACUAUAGAAAAUCCUGACUACAGAGCUAUGGAUUCGUUAGCACGACGAACCGGAGGAAUGACCUUCUAUUUCCCCUACAAUAAACAGAAUACGACUCAACAGUUCCUCUACCAGCACAUGUUCAAUACGGUCUAUCGAUCGCAGCUCAUGCUACUGAAUGAUCUACCUGUUUGUGCUAAGCAAAAUGUGUACAAUCCAGUAUCGAUCGACAUUGCCGUUGAGCAAAUGGUCAUUGUCGGAACAGGAAAGGGUCUCUCACUUGUGCUGACUUCGCCGGAAGGUGACCUGGCAACGUAUGAUACGAUGUAUAGCGAUGGAACUAACUACGUCUGGGUUAAAAAUGGACCUUAUACUGGAAAUUGGUUAAUAACAAUGUACUCAUCAGAAGAGACGUUAGGAUGCAACUACAAAGUCUUCCAGAAGUCUUAUCAUUCUCCAGUAUCUACUGCCAAUCAAUACGACCUCUUCUGGGGUGUUGCACCUCGAUUGGACUCUGAUGACGUUCUCCUUCAACCAUACCACAACCUACAACAGAGUAUUGUCAUGCACCUGACAAAUUAUCGUCUGGAUUCACCUCCGGAGCGGGUACAUGCCGCCUUAACAGUCCGAGCCAUUCGAAACAACCGACCAGUUACAAUAUUCAACACUAACGGCGAAUGGCGUGACAUUUGCUCGUACAACUUCUACUUCCCACCAAUGCAAUGCAAAGUUCCGAAUGAGAUUCUCUAUUUCAACUUUUUCGUUCGCGAUAGCUUUGGUUUUGCUGUGCAGAGAGCCGGAGUAAUGUAUUGUGCUCAAGUGCAACCGACACCUCAACCACCAGAUCACCAAUGCCAAAACGGUGGCAUUAUCAAUGCAGCGAAUACCACCUGUUUCUGUCCACCAGGAUUCACUGGAACGUACUGCGAGCAACUUAUGUGUUAUAAUGGCGGAACACCCGCAGGACAAAUGUGUCAGUGCCCAACUGGUUGGAUCGGAACGUUCUGUGAAAUAGCAAAGUGCACCGAAAGAGGUCCGACUCCAGAGUAUAUCCGCACAAAUGUCGACAUGGUGUUCAUGUUGGAGCUUACUGUACAGGGACAUGCCCAGGUAUACUAUCUGAACUCUGUAAUUGGAGACCUUAUCCGAGAUAUCCAAUCGCAAGACGGACAGUGGAUCACCCGAUACAUCAUUGCUGGCUACAAUUCAACAUGGGCUGACGUUCUCUAUGAGUCUCCAUCACGCGAUCCAGCCGGCUUGAUCGCCUUUAUGAAUCAGCUUGCUCAACAAGCACCUACUGAUACGGGAUGUAUGGUACAGCUGUGGAGAGGCCUCGAUAAACUGUCGAGGAUGAUAAGAUUCGGCUCGUAUGUGGAGAUCUUCACGGCAUCUCCUCAGGAUCAAACUGUGUUUGAUAAUUUCUACACAGCUUAUGAGAACGCGAGAGCUUUGGGUAUUCGCGUCAACGCUUUUGUCAAUAUCCUCCAAAAAGGUUACGCUUGCAAUGCAACUGAUAAUGACUUCGACACCCUUUUCGCUUUGACAUCAUCGACUACUGGCUAUAACUAUCCUCUUCAUCCUUUUGAUAUCCCUCAAGCAACUACCCGCCUCAUUCCAAUCCAAUUUUCGUCGGGCAUCGUAUACUCCCAGUUCCAGGCCAACUGCAUGGAUCAUAUGCAAAUGUUCUUCCCAAUUGAUGCUUAUGCUCAAACAAUCCAAUUGAACGCCAUCGGAUUCAACAAAACUGUGAAAAUUUUCGAUGGAGAUGGUAACGAGCAACCAGCCGAUGUAAUUAUGAGCGAUCCAUCAACUGGCUGGGAUAUCCUUGAAGUUCGAAAACCAUGCGAUAGUGGAUGGGACCAAGUUGAUCAAUACUGCAUCCUGUUCGACCUCCGACCAUUCACGUACGAUCAGGCUGAUCGUUUCUGUCAUGAUUCUGGCGGCAGUCUUGUUGAUGACCUCAGCGAUGCUAAACAUCAGUACUUACUGAAAGAGGGCUAUGGAACCGAUUUCUGGUUCGGUUUGAUCAACCCGAACAACACUGGCUACGUUUGGGAUAGACCUGAUGGAACAGCUAUGUUGCCUUUAACGAAGCCUACAUUUUGGACUGGUGGUCAAGAUCCUACAUACGAUCCUAAUAAGCAAUGUGUAUAUUGGGAUGGUAAACAAACACAGUCGGGAAACACCUGGACGCCUGACUCAUGCGCUGUGAAACGAUCGUUCGUUUGUCAAAAGCAUCGAUAUGAUCCUGAUCAUCGGCCGAACGUGAUUGGAGAUGUCGAUUUACCGGCCGGAAAAUGGUACGCAACAGUGCAUGUCGCUUCUACCACUAUGCCAUGGUGCUUUGUACAAGUGCGUCUACAAAGUGAUCUUCAAGUGGUCGCUGGAUAUGCGACCUCUGUGAACGACGACCAACCAGGCUUGGAUCCUGUAGGCGACUCAACUAAUAAUCGACUUAUUACCUACGUGCACAGCCUGGACAACGCUCAUCGCACUCCCAUACUCACUCAUGCUCUGAUCAAUGACGCGUACAAUGCCACCUUCUACAACGCUGUCACCUACGGUAUACGAGCGUCUUGUUCAUAUCCAUGGGCAUCGCAAACAUUCUCGUGUCCGAAUGGAGCAGCAGACAUGAAUGAGUUGGCCAUUACGCAUAUUGGUGAGGACGUGUUCGGAAAUCUCUUCCAAAGAGUCACAACUGCCCAUUGCUCGAAAGAAAUAAUCACAUGCAAUGGUGGAGUAAGAUGGCAGGGAACAUGCGUCUGCACAGAGUACUGGACAGGAAAACAAUGUAAUAUUCCAAUUUGUGUGAACGGUGGUACGCUGACCAACGACAAUAGACGUUGUAAUUGCACCAACGGAUACACUGGCAUGCAUUGUGAAAUCGAACUUUGCUUGACAAAAACACCAAUAACGCUCUCCCCUGACUACAAAACAUUAGUAAUCGUCGUUGAAACCACUAUUCAAAACAAACCUGUUGCUCAGAGUCUUGUGCAAAAUCUGACUUCGGUUGUCAAUGGAGCGUUGAAGAAUAAUUUGAAUUGGUUCAGCAAUUAUGCUCUCGUCACUUACGAUACUACCGGCAUAACAUCUCAAUUCUACAAAUACACUAGCAUCGACGCACUCGUUAUGGGCUUAAAUUCAGCUGUAAGCAGAAUCAACGACCAGGGAAGCUGCAGCUUGCCCCUAUAUGGAACUUUGGCAACAGUACUAAGUAACACUGGAAGUAUUGCUUCACCGAACAGUGAGAUGUUCGUCUUCACUUCAGCUGGAGCUAGUGACAUUCAAAAGCGCCCACCGCUUUCGCAGCUCCUUGGCGACCUUCAAACUCAUUUCACCUACAUUUACACCACCGAUACCUGCGGUUCGUUGCCAAAGGAUGGAUCGCUGACGCAAACCGCUAGGCUCGCUUAUUCUUCCACUGGAAACGUGCUCUUCGCCAAGUCGGCCGACAUAUCAACACUGUUCUCCGCUUAUUUCCCAACUCUCUAUGGAUCGUAUGUGUUGACGAAUCCAACUGGGCAUACACAGUUCCAAUGUCCAGACGGAAGGGAUUGGUUUGUCGAGGUAGACUUCGCAACUACAACUAUUUAUGUCACCACAACCACAUCAUACGGAUCGCUGGGAGUGAUUACUCCGAUGAACGCUAACAUCACGCCUGUUACUCUUGCUAAAGUCGGACAAACUACAGUGUACAAAAUCGAUGUGGACCGACUUCCUGGCAUAUAUACAUUAAUGUUGACAAGCCCUGGCGACUGCUACAUUCAUGUUUACGCUGUCGGUGGAGCGAAGGUGUACUACGACUUCGCCAGUCUUUCCGUUACUGAUCCAACAGCCUCACACAUAGAUGGAUAUUAUCCAUAUCCGGAUAAGGGAGUGGCCUAUGUUGUAACUCUCCACGCCGACGCCAUACCAGGAACGAUUCUUAAACAAGUUGAGCUGUACGACCCAGACAGCAACCAGGUCCUGUUACGAUCGCCUCUUUAUCCCCGCAUGAAUUGCACUUUCGAGUACUAUUCGGAUGAAUUCGUUUGCAAUAGUGAAGCUAUGGGGAUACUCAUCUAUGGACAGGAUAACCAUAAUCAACAGUUCCGCCGUCAAGAAAUAACCUACUGUUAUGAUCCCAAGAAUAUCGUGACGACAACGUCUCCGGCCACUAAUCCCCGAACAACGACUAAACCACUGGUUUCAACACAAAAAACUACAGCGAAGCAGCAACAAACAACGAAAGGAGUCGUGACGACCAUGCCGCCGGUUACAAUGACCACAGCGCCACCGCCGCUCGCCUUCGACAUCGCCGUUCUUAUUGACGUUAGCCAAAGUGCAUGGAGUACGUACAACCAGAUGUCGUCAUUCGUGCUGACUUUGAUGCAGAACUUUGUGGUGUCACAGUCAAACGCUCGUGUGGCCAUAAUCCCAGUAUUCGGUGAUCAGUCACUUGGAGCGAUGGUUGUUGCGAACUUGGAUACGAUUAGCUCCAGCAGCAUGCUUAGCGAUUACCUCCAGCAAACCAAGCAGGGAUUCAGCGAUUUUGACACUCAAGGGCAAGCACUAGCACUAGCCCUCAACACAGUCAUCAAUCCCAAUUUCAAAAUUGCUGGUUACCGCACGGGCCUCACUAACCACCUCAUCCUGUACAUUACUGCCACUUCAGGUUUCUCCAACCAAGCACAAGUGGUCGCUCAACAAGUGCUUCAGUCUAAAACAUACGGUAUUGUCACCGUCGGCUACGGUACAGAAGUAGUUGAUCUUCAAUCGAUGCAGGCUAUCGCAGGAGGAAGCGCCUGCUCAUUCUAUGGAGCUGACGCUCAAGCGCUUCAAAACCAAGUUUCAGCUGUUCAAGCUCUUAUAACUGCGGCGAGCACCAACGGAGGUAAAUACUGCGGCAACUGA